AUGGGGCACCACGGCAUGGAGGGGCUGGACAUGCUGGACCCGUUGUCCUCCUCGUCGAUGACCACGCUAGCUCCAAUGGGGGAGGCCGCCCCACCUCAUCACCAGCUUCACGGCUAUGGAAUGAAUCACGUCAUGAACCAUCACCACGCGGGCGCACUGGCUCACCCUCCCUCGCACCUCGCUCACCCCGCAGCCGCAUUACAUCCGGACACCGACACAGAUCCCCGAGAACUAGAAGCGUUCGCCGAGCGCUUUAAACAGAGACGCAUAAAGCUCGGAGUCACUCAAGCGGACGUCGGCAAAGCAUUAGCGAACCUCAAGUUGCCUGGCGUCGGUGCACUCUCGCAAAGCACCAUCUGUCGAUUCGAAAGCUUAACCCUCAGCCACAACAAUAUGAUCGCGCUUAAACCUAUACUUCAGGCGUGGCUCGAAGAAGCCGAGGCGCAGGCUAAGAAUAAACGACGAGACCCCGAUGCGCCGAGCGUUCUCCCCGCCGGUGAAAAGAAACGCAAGCGAACUUCUAUCGCCGCGCCAGAAAAGCGCAGCUUAGAAGCGUAUUUCGCGGUACAGCCGCGACCCUCCGGAGAGAAAAUCACUGCCAUAGCGGAGAAGCUCGACCUCAAGAAGAACGUGGUGCGAGUGUGGUUCUGCAACCAGCGGCAAAAGCAGAAGCGUAUGAAGUUCGCGGCGCAGCACUGA